GAAUCCGGACACAGUAGAUUUUAGUGCGAGUGGGAGAUGUUGAUGUUCAAAUGCUGGAGAGUUUUGGAGGCCAUCGGUGAUACUGUAUUCAGUGGGUGCGAAGUGUGGGCUGCAAGGCCACGGCGGUGAAGUGAGGCGGGCGUCAUCAUUCUCUAACAACAGAAAAUCAAAGCCGGGACUCCUCUGGGAUCAUCCGUGGAGAUGAGCCACCACUUGUUCUAACACUGAAAUGCAGCUCAGGGAAGAAUGUGUCCACAGUGAGUGGGAGGAGAGCCAGCUGUGAGAUCACCACCCACUGCUCAAAAAGUCUCGUUGAAAAAUAAUGCAGUAUGGAAUAGCAGUUAUUUGGAUCACAAUUUAUAAGAAGUGAGAAUCAGACAACUAUGACAGUUGCGGUAGGAAAAAUUUAAAGCAGUAAGACGGGAGGCUCUUCAACCGAGUGGAAUCAACAUUGCCUAAUCGGUGUGCACCAAACAACCGCCAUUGACACUUGCUACCUGCACAAAUCAUUUUGGGAGACAAGACGCAAGGUAGAUACUACUACAUAUGUUUGACGGAACGGCUCCCAACGUUGUUACCCCUGACGCCAUGCCUGAGGCACGGAGGUACAGCAUGCUGGAGCAGGCGAUAGCGAUGGCGGGAGCGCUGUCGGACGAGCCUGACUUCUCCACCUUCGAGAACAAGACGGGCCUGGCGGAGGAUAUGAAAUUCUUGGCCUCAAUGCCUGAAUUGUGUGACGUUACUUUUCUCGUCGGGGAUACGCGGGAGCCGGUGUGCGCCGUAAAGGCCGUACUGGCGGCACGCAGCAGGGUGUUCCACAAGCUGCUCUAUAACUCGUACUCACCGCAGAAGAAGAAGGAACCCAUGAGCCGAGAGAAGAAGAUCAAACUGUUCCUGAAGCGGUCAUCUGAGCCUCUCAUGAACCUGCAAGGACAACAGCAAGGGAGGCAGGGGCGCUCCGGAUACACUCACAAACUGGACACCAUCCCGGAGCCCCAAGGCAAUGUCCACCAAACACUUAUCGUUGAAGAAUUUGAACCAGAUGUCUUCAGGCAAUUGAUUGAAUACAUCCACACUGGAUGUGUAACACUUCAGCCACGUACUUUAUUAGGUUUAAUGAAUGCAGCAGACUACUAUGGGCUGGAUGAGUUGAGGAAAGGUUGUUCAGGAUUUGUGCAAUGUUGUAUCAAUGUGGAUACAGUGUGUGCUUUGCUAGCCUCUGCAGAACGUUACAUCCAGUACAAGUGUACAAAGUCCAUGGUGCAGAAGGUGCUGGAAUUCGUUGAUGAACACGGCAACGAAGUCCUCAAUCUGGGUUCAUUCACUUUACUGCCACAGCACGUAGUGAGGCUCAUCAUGGCAAGGGAGGAAUUGCGAGCCGACGAGUUCACCAAGUUUCAGGCGGGUCUCAUGUGGUCAAAAAAACAUUGCGACAAUCAACCCAACACCGACCUCAAGGAGGUUAUCGGCAAUUUCCUAGAAUUCAUCCAAUUCUACAAAAUACCAGCUAACAUCCUCAUGAAAGAGAUCCACCCACUUGGCCUUGUUCCCUACCAUAUCAUCAUGAAUGCACUGGCAUAUCAGGCAGACCCAAGCAGCGUGGACCCAGCAAAGCUCUCCCCCAACAGGAGACGCCCCCAGGACAACUCAAUGUCGGUGCAAAGUUCCCUCGACCCACUUGGCUCCAGUACCACGCUCUCAUCUUCUGCAUCCUCCGAGAUGGAAUCUGGGAGGCACUCGUCUGAAGGAGCUACUGGUGCAGGAUGCAUGUCCCACAGUCACGUCCGGGAAAUGUAAGAAACAUCCAGAGGAAUGUGACCUAAAAAGCCUCUAAAGCAUUUGGCCUUAACCCUAAGUGGCCCCUUAUAUUUCGCAACAUAACAACUCAACCAAGAAUCUGAAGAGAGAUAUUUUCAUGAAGUAGCAUUCAGAGUUAGUGAUGACUGUCAUAUUUUCUUUCAUAUUUACAUGUAAAGCACAUUGAUGUUUAAGAACUAUAUGAAACCAGAAAGUGAUCAAUAGACUUCAAACAGAUUCUGUUCAAAAUUAAAAUCUUAAAUCAGGUUUAAAUAGUUCCAACAACUCUGUUAACAAUUACAAUUUGUGAGGAUUUAGUUAAUAAUGAUAGAGUAUUUUUAUACAUCAUCAUGACAAAUAGAAAUUAUCUUAACAGGAAUUUUUAGAAAAUCUCUAGGCUUUUGUUACACAGUAUUUUCCACUCUUGAUACAGAUGGAAGAAGCCGUGCCCUAUUCACUUAUGACUGACUCCAUAUCAUGAAAACUACCUGUAUAAUGCAAUGUCACAGGUAAUGAUAUAUUCAUUUCCACUUCAUUGAAUGCUUUAAGCUACAAAUUAGAUUACCAGGCAGAAUGAAUUUGAAAUCAUGGUUUUCCUACAAUAUAACAAAUAAGAAGCAGAACAAAAAAAUUCAUACCAAAAGGUGAUGGAACCCAGUGACUGCAGCUCACUGCCAUUCUCCACUAGUUACCAAUUAUCUAUAAUUAUAUCUAACGAUGUUUUCUGUCAUUAUGUGUAAGCUGGGAGACAUUCUGGUGAGUGAUAAGGUCAAGUACUUCUCAGAGUUUAUCAGUUCUUUUAUUUUACUUUGCUUCAGUCACAGGUUCGUAUACUUGUAUUAUUCUCUUCAUUUGUGUUCAUUUUAGGAAGUAGUACUACACAUAUGACGCUUAAUUAUGUUUUUGCUUAAUAAAAUUGAUAAGUUCAGUAAAA